UCCGACGUCCCCGCUUCAUCACGCUCGUAACUCUAUUAUGGUCGCCGCCUGCCAGUCAUCGGGUUCUAGCCCGACUGCUGCUAUAUAACUGUCGCCGAAAGAUACCGUAUCGAUGCCGACGGCCGAGCUGGAGGAGUCAAAGAUAGCGGGAGUGGAGGUGCCUGCCAAGCCACCGUAGACAACUGGGGUUAUCGGAGGUGGCGGGGGCAAGGAUCAUUGGGGAUGGUGACACGUGAACUCCCGGUCCGUGCCCGUAGGUAUUCGCCUCAAGUGACGGACACUGAUAGAUAGAUAGAGCUCCUGCGAUAGUUAACCUCCUCAUCUCCAUCUUCCUUCAGCUUCCUUCUCGUUACAUCCAGCCAUCGUACAUACACCUCCUACAUACAGUCUUCUAUAAUCUUCAUCUCAACGUAAACAUUCACAUUCACAUCACGAUGCGUACCCCCAGCACUACGAGUCUGCGUGCCACCGCCGCCGCCCAAGACCGCGAUACCCUCGACAUCGAGAGCGCGGUCGUCCGCUUCCUCCGGACGGGCGCACGCAUCAACGCAGACGGCAACAUUGUCAACGCCGCGAACGAGCCUCUGGACCUCGCCAGCGUUCUCGAGAGCCUCCCGUCGCGCCACAAGAAUGCCACGAGCAAGAGCAAGAACAAGUCCGCGAAGGACAUCUGUCCGGCCGAGUACACGCAGCCGUUCAUGGAGUUCAUCGACAGCAGUCCCACGGUGUUCCAUGCCGUGUCCUACUUCAGCAAGCGGCUCGAGGGCGAGGGCUUCGUUAAGCUCAGCGAGCGCGAGUGCUGGCAGUCGAAGCUGAAGAAGGGCGGGAAGUAUUUCACGACCAGGAACGGAUCGUCGAUUGUCGCGUUCAGCAUCCCCACCGCGUACGAGCCUGGUAACGGUGUUGCGAUGGCCGCCGGACAUAUCGACGCGUUGACGGCGCGGCUGAAGCCUAUCUCGAAGAAGCCCAACAGCGCAGGUUAUGUGAUGCUCGGUGUUGCGCCGUACGCGGGCGGAAUGAACUCCACCUGGUGGGAUCGUGAUCUCGGUGUCGGUGGACGCGUUAUGGUCAAGACUUCGGACGGCAAGAUCGAGAGCAGAUUGGUAAACCUCGACUGGCCGAUCGCGCGUAUUUCUACUCUGGCGCCGCACUUCGGCGCCGCGGCAUCCGGGCCGUUCAACAAGGAGACGCAGAUGACUCCUGUGAUCGGAUUGGAGAACUCUGAGGAUGAGCAGUUGACCAUGCCCGCCGGCACCUUCGCGGCUAGCCAGCCCGCACGUCUCGUCAAGGCAAUCUCAUCCGAGCUCGGAAUCCAAGACUACUCCUCCAUCAUCAAUUGGGAGCUCGAGCUCUACCAGUUUGAGCCCUCGAGGCUAGGAGGUCUCUCCAAGGAGUUGCUGUUCGCGCCGAGAAUCGACGACAAGCUCUGUUCGUGGGCUGCGCUGGAGGGAGUCAUUGAAGCUAGCAAAGACUUAGAGGGCCGGGGCACCGUGAAUGCCUGCGCUUUGUUUGACGACGAGGAGAUUGGCAGCCAGCUGCGUCAAGGUGCUCGGGGAAACCUAUUGAGUGGUGCCGUGGAGCGCAUCAUCGAAGCUUUCUCGAAAGAUGGAAAGGCUGGAGCAAACGUUGUGAACCAGACCUACGCCAACAGUUUCCUGCUGUCGGCAGACGUCACUCACGCCGUCAACCCCAACUUCUUGGGUUCUUACCUGCAAGACCACUCGCCCAAGCUCAACGUCGGAAUUACAGUUGCCGCCGACCCCAACGGACACAUGACGACCGACGCCGUCUCCUCCGCGCUGCUCCAGCGCAUCGCCGAAAAGAGCGGACACACGCUGCAGGUCUUCCAGAUCCGCAAUGACUCGCGCAGCGGCGGCACAGUCGGCCCCAUGCUCAGUUCGGCUAUGGGCUGCCGCGCGAUUGACGCCGGAAUGGCGCAGCUCUCGAUGCACUCCAUCCGCGCAGCGUGCGGCUCGCUCGAUCCCGGUCUGGGCGUCCAGAUCUUCACGGGCCUCUAUGAACACUUUGAGUCUGUCGAUGCUGAGUUCGCAGAGUAAAUGCUCGGUCGCGGAGGGGAGGGGAGGGACGGGGACGGGACUGUAUUAUACCCUACUUAGAUUCGGAACGGAUAAAUAGAUGGAUCAUGGAAGUGAAGCGAAGGCCGCGUGUAAACUUUAUAAUCGAUACCUGCUCCAUAGAUGCAAUGCAUCAGUACAUACUUCACCG